AUGAAGUUCGGGAAGAGAUUGAAGCGGCAAAUUGAACAGAGUUUGCCGGAUUGGCGGAAUAAAUUUCCGACAUACAAGGAAUUGAAGAAACUUGUGAGAUUGAUUUCUUCUGCUCCAAAGGCCGACAAGGAGUUCAUGUACUGCUUGAACAAUGAGAUCGAAAAAUUCAAUGCCUUCUUCAUGGAGCAGGAAGAGGAUUUCAUUAUUCGCCACAAGGUCAUCCAUCCACCCACUACUUUACUUACAUGUUUUAUGACGUCGUCGCCUGGUCGCCGGUCCGAUUGGAGUUGGAGGAGUCGGUCGCGCCGUCAAGCAGGAGACGACGAUUACGUUGGACAAAUCCUUCUUAAUGACAAGGUGGUGUUUGUGCAAGUGGUGGUGGAGAUGGUGGCAAAAGCAAGUCUUCUGUAUUUUUUGAUGAUAUUUGUGGUGGGGCAUCUGCAGUUGCUGGAGUUUGCACUUCUUCCAUGGGUGCUGGGCGCACUGAGGGAUCCAAUGGAUGCUGCUAAUCUCUUUAAGCCUAUGCUUGCAAGAGGUCAGCUGCGGUGCAUUGGCUCUACAACUCUGGAGGAGUACAGGAAAUAUGUGGAGAAAGAUGCUGCAUUUGAGAGGUGUUUCCAGCAGGUUUAUGUGGCCGAGCCAAGUGUUGCUGAUACUAUAAAUGUUUAA